UCAAAUUCCAUUUUUUUUCUUCUCCGUUUUCUCUUCCAAGAAACAUUAAAGCUUUUAUCUUCUCCUCGUUCCACGUAAUGGGCAAUUACAUUUCAUGCACCUUGGCACCUCCAUUAAUGAAGAACGCAAAAGCCACGAGGGUGAUCCUCCCCACCGGUGAAGUGAAGCAGUUCAGGGACAUUCUGAAGGCUGCGGAGCUUAUGUUGGAGCACCCCAACUAUUUCUUAUCCAAUUCUCGAUCUCUUCAUAUCGGUCGAAGGUUCUCUGCUCUUGCUGCUGACGAGGAGUUAGAGUUUGGGAACGUGUAUAUCUUAUUUCCCAUGAGAAGAGUUAACUCUGUCGUCACGGCGGCUGACAUGGCGGUGUUCUUCUUGGCGGCGAACUCCGCCGCCAAACGGAUAUCCGCCGGAAAGGUACGUGUCAUUCCGGACAACGGCGGCAGAGGGGGGCAGCAAGAUAAAUCUGCAGAGGAGAGUUCAGAAGCGAUGAGUGUUGAGAACAACGUUGUUCCAAGGUUGAGUUUGGAAGGUGUGGACUCGGGGUUUCAAUAUAGGUUAAAUUGUUGUAGAUCAAGGAAGCCUGUUUUGGAGACUAUAAAUGAGGAACCGAUUAGGUCAAGGUGAAGGAAGGAGAAGACUUAUUAGUGUGCUAGCUAGAUCCUUGAUGAUGUUAAUUAUUA